AUGUCAAAUACAGAUAGUAAUCAUAACUUGAAUGAUAUUUGGAUGAAAGUAUCAGAAGGUACUGAUCAUAUAUAUAGAAUUCAAGAAAUGUCACAUGUAUCAUAUAUGAUUCUUUAUACUCACGUUUAUGAUUAUUGUACAACUCCUCAAGCACAAGGAUUUUCAUCAAGAAAAUCAAUAAGAACAAUUCAAGCACCAGUUGGUAAUCAGGGACAAAAUAUUAUAGAAAAUAAUGGAAAUGGUGCUGGUGCAUUGUACAUCAAAUUGAAGAAUCAUUUAAGAAUUUAUUUGGAGAAAAUUUGUCAACCAGGACUUGAUUUACAAGGAGAAACUAUACUUCGUUUCUAUACGACCAAUUGGAGAAAUUAUCUAUUUUCAAGUAAAGUAACAAAUGGUUUUUGUCAAUAUCUAAAUCGAUAUUGGAUAAAACAAGAACAUGACUCACGAAGAAUAAAUGUUUGUGAUAUUUUUACUAUGGCAAUGGAAAUUUGGAAGCUAGUUUUUUUUCAACUAUUGAGUAAACAAGUAACAUCAGAAUGUCUUCAAUUGAUUAAAGCAGAACGACAAAAUGAAAUAAUUAACAGUCGAUUAAUCAAUGAAGUUAUACAAAGUUAUGUUGAACUUGGCGUGGUCGAAGACACAUCCACACAAUGUAAUACUCAUCAAAUAACAUCUCCGACAUUAACAAUUUAUAAAGAUUAUUUUGAAAUACCAUUUCUUGAAGAAACAGAACAAUUCUAUCGUCUUGAAGCAGCUACGUUUCUUACUCAUAAUUCUGUAACUGAAUAUUUGAAAAAGAUAGAUCAACGUCUUGAUGAAGAAGUACAUCGAGUAAAAUCAUACCUGCAUUCAUCAACAUUAGGAAUAUUAAUUAAAAAAAUGGAAGAAGUACUUAUUCAUGAUCAACUUCACGUAAUCUAUACUGAAGCAAAAGUACUUUUAUAUAAUGAAAAAAAUUCAGUUAGUCGAAUACCAAAUGCAACUGAUAAAUUGAAAGAAAUUGUUGAAGUUCACAUCUAUGAAAUGGGUAUAGAUGCAAUCAAACGAAUCAGUAGCGGUGCACUUAAUAAUCCAAAACUAUAUGUUGAAACUAUUAUUGAUAUUCAUACGAAAUUCUUGAAACUUGUAAAAGACGUAUUUAAUAAUGAACAAAGUUUUAUUGCUACUCUUGAUAGAGCUUGUGCUAAGUUUAUUAAUAAUAAUGUAGUAACAACAACAGCUGAUACAACAACAAAAUCAGCUGAAUUAUUAGCUCAAUAUUGUAAUAUACUUUUACGAAAAGGAAAUCGAAUUGUAGAAGAGAUUGAUCUCGAAGAAAAAUUCAAUCAAAUUAUGGUAGUUUUUAAUUAUAUUGAAAAUAAAGAUGUAUUUCUUAAAUUUUAUCGGAAAAUGUUUGCUAAACGUUUAGUUGGUCAAUUAUGUGCAUCCUAUGAUGAUGAAGAAUUAAUGAUUUCAAAAUUAAGAUAUGCAUGUGGUUUUGAUUAUACAUCAGAAUUACAACAAAUGUUUCAAGAUAUUCGUAAUACUAGUAAAAAUUUAACUGAUCAAUAUGGAACACAUUGUGAAAGACAAAGUCUACGUGAUAUUGUUGAUUUUUCUGUUAUGAUUCUCAAGACAAAUUCAUGGCCAUUUUCCGCACCACGAAAUAUUAUUUUACCAGUUGAACUUAAAAAACCAUAUGAAAAUUUUACUAUGUUUUAUAAUCAACAACAUAAUGGUCGUAAGUUGACAUCACUUCAUCAAUAUUCAAAAGGAGAUUUACAAACAUUGUACACUGAACAAAAAUAUAUUUUACAUGUAUCAACAUAUGAAAUGGUAAUUUUACUUUUAUUUAAUAAACGUUCAUGUUGGACAGUUGAACGAAUGCAAGAUGAAACACAAAUCGAUGUUAAUUUAUUUUUGCAAGUUCUUUGCAAUUUAUUAAAAAGUAAAUUGAUUACAUGUUCAGAAAUUAAUAACGAUGAACUUCAAAAAGAUUUAAACGAAAAUGAUAUUAAAAUGAAUUAUAAUAUUCAAAUAGUAAAUAAUUUUAAAAGUAAAAAAAUAAAGAUAAAUUUGAAUGUACCAAUAAAAUCAGUCGAACAAAAAGAUAUUGAAGGUUUAUAUAGAACAAUUGAUGCCGAUCGAAAAAUACUUAUACGAGCUGCAAUUGUUCGAAUAAUGAAACAACGAAAAACUUUAAAACAUGCAUUACUAACUCAAGAAGUUAUUCAUCAAUUAAGUUCUCGUUUUCAACCCCAAAUUCCUAUGAUUAAAAAAUGUAUUGAAAUAUUAAUUGAAGAAAAAUACCUUGAACGUCAAUUAAACGAAAACGAUAUGCUGCAUUAUUUGGCUUAA